GUGUGUGUACCGUCCGCCAUCAUUGGAGAGCAGCACAGCACAGCAGAGCCGAGCAGUCAGGCGCUUGUCAACAAGUCCCAAACUACUGGGAUCUCCAGCUAUUAAAGAAGGUCAAGUGGAGGCUGAUCAUCGGCUCCACGGACUUAUCUCCCUUCCCUUUACCAGGACAAGUCUUUCAUGUGAGCGAGGAGACCACCGGGGAGGCAGCCAAACAUGUCAAAUCUCAGCAAAGGCGGCACCAAAAAGGACACCAAGAUGAGGAUACGAGCCUUUCCUAUGACGAUGGACGAGAAGUACGUCAACAACAUCUGGGACCUCCUCAAGAACGCCAUCCAGGAAAUCCAGCGGAAGAACAACAGCGGCCUGAGCUUUGAGGAGCUGUACAGGAACGCUUACACCAUGGUUCUGCACAAACAUGGCGAGAAGCUCUACACAGGCUUGCGGGAGGUCGUCACUGAGCACCUCAUCAACAAGGUGCGAGAUGAUGUACUAAACUCCCUCAACAACAACUUUCUUCAAACUUUGAACCAAGCCUGGAACGACCACCAAACAGCCAUGGUAAUGAUUCGAGACAUCUUGAUGUACAUGGACCGUGUUUACGUGCAGCAGAACAACGUAGAAAAUGUCUAUAAUCUAGGUCUCAUCAUCUUUCGAGACCAGGUGGUGCGUUACGGCUGCAUCCGGGAUCACCUGCAACAAACUCUGCUAGAUAUGAUCGCUCGGGAAAGGAAGGGCGAGGUGGUGGACAGGGGGGCCAUACGUAACGCUUGCCAGAUGUUAAUGAUCUUAGGCCUCGAAGGCCGGUCGGUUUAUGAAGAAGACUUCGAGGCCCCGUUCUUAGAAAUGUCUGCAGAAUUCUUUCAGAUGGAAAGUCAAAAGUUUUUGGCAGAGAACAGUGCGAGUGUGUACAUAAAGAAAGUAGAGGCACGGAUAAACGAAGAAAUUGAGCGAGUCAUGCACUGUCUGGACAAGUCGACGGAGGAGCCCAUAGUGAAGGUGGUGGAGCGGGAACUCAUCUCAAAGCACAUGAAGACUAUCGUAGAGAUGGAGAACUCUGGUCUUGUUCACAUGCUCAAGAACGGAAAGACAGAAGACUUAGCGUGUAUGUAUAAGCUGUUCAGCAGGGUGCCAAAUGGUCUGAAGACUAUGUGUGAGUGCAUGAGCUCCUACCUACGGGAGCAAGGCAAAGCUCUUGUGUCUGAGGAGGGAGAGGGCAAGAACCCUGUUGACUAUAUCCAGGGCUUACUGGAUUUAAAGUCUCGCUUUGACCGCUUCCUGCAGGAGUCCUUCAAUAAUGACCGCCUGUUCAAGCAGACCAUAGCUGGUGACUUUGAAUACUUCCUCAAUUUGAACCCCCGCUCACCAGAGUACCUCUCACUUUUCAUUGACGACAAGCUGAAGAAGGGCGUGAAGGGAUUGACAGAGCAAGAGGUGGAAUCCAUACUGGAUAAGGCCAUGGUGCUGUUCAGGUUCAUGCAGGAGAAGGACGUGUUUGAGCGCUACUACAAACAGCACCUCGCCAGGAGGCUUCUCACUAACAAGAGCGUGUCUGACGACUCCGAGAAGAACAUGAUCUCAAAGCUGAAGACUGAGUGUGGCUGUCAGUUCACAUCCAAACUGGAAGGCAUGUUCAGAGACAUGAGCAUCUCAAACACAACCAUGGAUGAGUUCCGCCAACACCUACAGUCAACAGGGGUGUCUCUUGGGGGUGUGGACCUCACAGUGAGGGUAUUAACGACAGGUUACUGGCCCACCCAGUCAGCCACACCCAAAUGUAAUAUACCUCCAUCUCCAAGACAUGCAUUUGAGGUGUUUAGAAGGUUUUAUUUGGCCAAGCACAGUGGCAGGCAGCUCACAUUGCAGCACCACAUGGGCUCUGCAGACCUCAAUGCCACUUUCUACGGUGCAAUCAAAAAGGAGGAUGGCUCUGAUAUAGGUGUGGGUGGAGCCCAGGUGACCGGCUCCAAUACAAGGAAGCACAUUCUGCAAGUGUCAACUUUUCAAAUGACCAUUCUGAUGCUCUUCAACAACAGAGAGAAGUCGACCUUUGAGGAGAUCCAGCAGGAGACUGAUAUCCCGGAGCGGGAGCUGGUGCGGGCACUGCAAUCUCUAGCUUGUGGGAAGCCCACUCAGCGAGUGCUUACUAAGGAGCCCAAAUCUAAGGAGAUAGAAAACGGCCAUGUAUUUACAGUCAACGACCAGUUUACCUCCAAACUGCACAGAGUAAAGAUUCAGACAGUUGCUGCUAAACAGGGCGAAUCAGAUCCAGAGAGGAAAGAGACACGGCAAAAAGUGGAUGACGACAGGAAGCAUGAAAUCGAAGCAGCAAUCGUCCGCAUCAUGAAGUCGAGAAAGAAGAUGCAGCACAAUGUGCUAGUAGCAGAGGUCACUCAGCAGUUGCGGGCACGAUUCCUCCCAAGUCCUGUGGUCAUUAAAAAGCGCAUUGAAGGACUUAUUGAGAGGGAAUACUUGGCAAGAACGCCAGAAGACCGUAAAGUGUACACUUACGUAGCAUAAACGCGGCGUGAAUUUCAAGUGAAACCUGGUGUGGAGUGAAAGGGAGCGUGAGUGUGAGAGCAUUAGUUCUGGGACUUGGUCAUACGCAUGAACUGGGAGGUUAAUUGUUUUUUUUAUUUAUUUUUUGUUUUGUUUUGUUUCUUUUUUUUUUUUUUUCUUUUUUUUCUUCUUUUUUUUUUCAUCGCUACUGGGGAAAACUGAGAAGUUAACCUUUAACCUGUUGUACGGACUUGUUUUAAAUAGCUCUUAGCGAUUCACACAAAAGCCUUCCAAAGCCCCCAUGGAGCUGGAUCAGAUUCAGCUCUGGGCUUGUAGACGAGGUGUCCGUCUCUGUGAGAGAACUGUGAUAGAGUCGCGAUGAAGCCUAUAAACCUGACCUACAAAUCCAACAACGAAAGUGCCCAAAUAAGACAAGAGUGAUGUGGGUUUAUUGUUUUUCUUUCCAGCGCGGGAUGGCUCCUGAAGGCCAUUCAGGUCAGAGUGUAAUACGCACACCUUCCCAGACUGAUUUUUAUUUCAGCUCCCUCCCCCCAAUGUCUGUGUAGACGUGUUUGUAGUCUGUGGCACCAUGUUGGUUGUACAGGUUGUUUAACACUAUUGGCUGCCUGCAGAAGAUUUUAAAAAGGAGGACGUCGUCGUUUAUCGAAGAGCCAUAGUAGUUGCUUUCUGAGCAUGCCUUUUCUGAAGAGGGGUGAAAUAACUUUUUCAAAGUUUAUUAAAGAAGUGGUUUGGUUGUAUUUUUUUCCAUAUUUCUUUCCAGAUUUGGCAUGGCCAAAUGUAAAAUUUAAACAUUAGCUUUUUGUAGGGGGUCCUUCCAAUGCAGUUAUUAUUAUUAUUAUUAUUAUUAUUAAGUUUUUUUUCCCUUUUUUUCUUCUAGCAAAGGAGGAACUUCUGGAGCACCAUGUCUCAAUGUGUAAAAAUUGUAAAAUAAUUGUUAUUGUACUCACUGAAGUGGACUGUACAGGGCCUUGUUUUCAUCAUUAUUAAAUGUAGAAAAAGGAGGAAAAAAUAAAUGGAUUUGCUGC